AUGGCCAUCAUUGCUAUCCGUUCCCACCCGCCCUUGCCUGUCAGUUCUAUUAGACUCCCAUCACUGAGAGAAUUCCGUCUCAGUACUGUAUCGUCUUCACGCCUUCCUACUAGGCUUUACUCUAGUCUGAACAGCAGAAGGGAUGUUGAAAUUGUCGAAGUAGGCCCGCGGGACGGACUACAGAACAUCAAAACUACCAUCCCUACAACUACCAAAAUCGAGUUGAUCCGCCGACUCGCCGAUACGGGGUUGGUAAAUAUCGAGGCCACGUCUUUUGUGUCGCCCAAAUGGGUUCCCCAGCUUGCAGAUGGUGCCUUAGUGAUGAAACAAAUCCUGGAGCAUCCCGGCCACGAAUAUCAAUCUCGCCGGCUCAACUACCCUGUGCUGGCUCCGAACUACAAGGGGCUACAAAACGCCCAUGCGGCAGGCGCAAAGGAGAUCGUUGUAUUCGCAUCUAUAACAGAAGCUUUCAGCAAGGCAAAUCAAAACUGCACCGUGGACCAAGCUCUUCAGCAAUGUGAAGCGGUUACUAAAGAGGCUAUUCAACUUGGAAUGCGAGUUCGCGGUGUUGUGUCUUGUAUCUUUUCGGAUCCAUUCUCUGGCCCCACGCCGCCUGAAGCUAUCUUGCCAGUCGUGCGCAGAUUGUUAGAUAUGGGAUGCUAUGAAGUCGGGCUAGGAGACACCCUGGGUGUUGGCACCCCAAAGAAGGUUCAAGACCUGCUUGAGACGCUACUGACAGAGAUUCCGGCAAACAAACUUGCCGGGCAUUUUCACGAUACAUACGGCCAGGGCGUUGCCAACAUCGUGCGUGCUUACGAUAUGGGCAUCAGGAAGUUCGAUAGCAGCGUUGCCGGUCUGGGUGGCUGCCCCUAUGCACCAGGCGCCCGAGGUAAUGUGGCCACUGAAGAUGUCAUUUACACGCUUGAGAACUCUGGCAUUAGCACUGGCGUAGAUCUUGAAAGGCUCUGCAGCAUUGGCCAGUGGAUAUCCAAUGAAAUCGGCAUCCCUUACGGAAGUAGGGCUGGCAUGGCUAUAGCUUCAAAGAAGAAAGCAUCCGUUCAAAAGCCCAAAUCGACACCAACCGAACCUUUGAAGUCAGAGAGAUCUUGGAAGGUAAUGCAAGAUACCGGGGAGUACCGUGUUUCUCGUUCUGGGUCUGUCAUGAAAAUCACCUUGACUUCCUCGAAGAACGGCAACGCCCUGACAGAUUCCAUGCUCCAGGGACUAACUGCACUAUUCAAAAACCUUCAUUUGGAGUCAUCGAUUUACCAUGUCAUCCUCGAGUCAGAAGGUAAAUUUUUCUGCACGGGCAUGGAUUUGAGUGGCAAGACAGAGACAGCCAACUCCGGAGAGUCAAGCUACUACUCUAAAGUGGUAGCCUUGUACGAUGCCCUCGAUCAUGUCCCUCAGACUACAAUCGCUGUCGUGGAUCGGCCUUGUUACGGUGGAGGUGUUGGGCUAACUUUUGCGUGCGAUGUCCGCAUCGUCUCACCACGAGCUCGUUGGACGUUGAGCGAAGUCAAGAUAGGCGUGAGCCCAGCUGUUAUAUCCAAGUACCUCGUAAGGGAGUGGGGGCCAUCUAUGGCAAGAGAAGGUAUGGUGUCUGGAAGGGACAUCACUCCUGAAGAAUUGCACCGAGUGGGCGCCAUCCAUCAAAUCAGCAGCGAGGAGACACCGCUUCCAUCUCUAGUCGACAUCUAUCUAGACCAGCUGGAGAAAUGUGCCCCUCGCUCUGCCACCAUUAACAAGGAGUUAACAAGGGUCGCCUGGGACCAUCCUGAGAGUGAGACUCAAGCGCGCCUCAUUCAGAAGACUUUUGAAAACAUGAUGGUGCCUGGCUCCGAGGGUGAACAUGGAAUUGGUCAAUUCCGCAAGAAGGUGAAGACGUUCAAGUGGUCCGACUUCUGGGGAAAUCAAAGCCCAGUGCAGGAGUCCAUCUACUAA